UUGUAGGUGGAAUUUAAUGAGUUCCUGUCAUGCGAGAGAACUGCAAGUACUUCGAUGUCGGUUACUGGAAUUCUCGCUACGAGGCGGAAGCCUCCUACGAGUGGCUGGUGGAUUACCAGACCCUGAAAGAACACCUCAAUGGCCUGAUGUCACGUGAUGGCAACAUACUCGUGUUAGGGUGCGGGAACAGCUCGCUGAGCGAAGACCUGUACAAUGACGGGUACAAGAGGAUCACGAACGUGGACUACUCCCCGGUCGUGAUCGAGUCGAUGAGGAGCAGGAGCGCCGCGGCCUCGUCGAUGGCGUGGCUCGUCGGGGACGUCCGAGAUCUGGACUUCCGACCGUCGGAAUUCGAUACCGUCCUCGAGAAAGCCACUUUGGAUUCCCUGCUGGUUCGAGAAACCGAUCCGUGGCAUCUGUCUGCGGAGGCUUCUUCCUUGCUUCACAGGGUUCUGCACAAAGUGAGCGAGAUCCUGAGGCCUGGAGGCAGGCUGAUCUCGGUGUCCUUCGCUCAGCCUCACUUCCGCUCCUGGGUCUACGGAAAGCCCGAGUACAGGUGGUCGGUGGAGUGGAGGAGCGUGUCUCCGUCCCCGUCUUCCGACGCCUUCGCCUACCAUCUCUACUGGAUGACGAAAGGAGAAACCCUGUCGAGCAAGUUCUCGAGCCCGCCUCCCUGGACGAGGGAGGAUCGCACGUCCGACGGCUGUGCCACUCCCGUUUCUGACGACGAGGACGACUUUCUGACUCGUAUCUCUCUGUGAGGACCGAAUCGACGAUGUUGCUUCCUACGAGAUUUCUAUUUUUGGAGUAAUUUUAAUUGAGAAGUGCUUCUCACCCGAGCAUGGCUUCCAACUCCUUGUUGCAACAGUCUUCUGUCUUCCCCUGCCGUGUUGAAGAUUUCAUAGUAAGGGAUCGAUGAUUCACAUUGACACAAUGAAGUGGUUUGCUCCGAAGGAAAGGGUGAGGUUCAGCAUAAGGUUGUUUUUCAGAAGGUGAUAAGGUUCUGGCCAGUGAUAAAAAACUCCAUGCCCAUUCAUAAAUUUUAUCAGUCUCCUUGCGCUCAAAUGCAACUUGAGCAAAGCAGUAUUAAAACAAAUUAUUUAUAUGGAAGUCGAUGAUAUAAAUUUACAUUUUAAAACCUAGGUUCAGGUUUUAUUGAAAGCUCUUGAAUGCAUGCAAAUUUCAAUAUAGCAGCCAACA